AUGGCUGAGAGCACCUCACCACCCUCCUCAUCCGCAGCGGCAGCGCCGGCCUUGGAGCCGGGAGUCACAGAACAGCCGGGGCCCCGGAGCCCCCCUCCGUCCCCUCCAGGCCUGGAGGAGCCCCUGGAUGGAGCUGAUCCUGACGUCCCACAUCCGGACCUGGCACCCGUCGCCUUCUUCUGCCUGCGACAAACCACCAGCCCCCGGAACUGGUGCAUCAAGAUGGUGUGUAACCCGUGGUUUGAGUGUGUCAGCAUGCUGGUGAUCCUGCUCAACUGCGUGACCCUGGGCAUGUACCAGCCGUGCGACGACAUGGACUGCCUGUCGGACCGCUGCAAGAUCCUGCAGGUCUUUGAUGACUUCAUCUUCAUCUUCUUUGCCAUGGAGAUGGUGCUCAAGAUGGUAGCCCUGGGCAUUUUUGGCAAGAAGUGCUACCUUGGGGACACCUGGAACCGGCUGGAUUUCUUCAUUGUUAUGGCCGGGAUGGUUGAGUACUCCCUGGACCUUCAGAACAUCAACUUGUCGGCCAUCCGCACUGUGCGUGUCCUGAGGCCCCUCAAAGCCAUCAACCGUGUACCAAGCAUGCGGAUCCUGGUGAACCUGCUCCUGGACACACUGCCCAUGCUGGGCAAUGUCCUCCUGCUCUGCUUCUUUGUCUUCUUCAUCUUUGGCAUUAUCGGCGUGCAGCUGUGGGCCGGCCUGCUGCGCAACCGCUGCUUCCUGGAGGAGAACUUCACCAUACAAGGGGACGUGGCCCUGCCACCCUAUUAUCAGCCAGAGGAGGAUGAUGAGAUGCCCUUCAUCUGCUCCCUGUCAGGGGACAAUGGCAUCAUGGGCUGCCAUGAGAUCCCCCCACUCAAGGAGCAGGGCCGAGAGUGCUGCCUGUCUAAGGAUGACGUGUAUGACUUUGGGGCGGGGCACCAGGACCUCAAUACCAGUGGUCUCUGUGUCAACUGGAACCGCUACUACAAUGUGUGCCGCACAGGCAGCGCCAACCCCCACAAGGGCGCCAUCAACUUUGACAACAUCGGGUAUGCCUGGAUCGUCAUCUUCCAGGUGAUCACUCUGGAAGGCUGGGUGGAGAUCAUGUACUACGUGAUGGACGCACACUCCUUCUACAACUUCAUCUACUUUAUCCUGCUUAUCAUAGUGGGCUCCUUCUUCAUGAUCAACCUGUGCCUCGUUGUCAUAGCGACCCAGUUCUCGGAGACCAAGCAGCGGGAGCACCGGCUGAUGCUGGAGCAGCGGCAGCGCUACCUGUCCUCCAGCACGGUGGCCAGCUAUGCCGAGCCUGGAGAUUGCUACGAGGAGAUCUUCCAGUACGUCUGCCACAUCCUGCGCAAGGCCAAGCGCCGCGCCCUGGGCCUCUACCAUGUCUUGCAGAGCAGGCGCCAGGCCAUGGGCCCUGGGACACUGGCCCCUGCUAAGGAGCCCAGGCAUUGCACACUGUGCCCAAGACAUAGUCCCCUGGACCCAGUGCCCCACACGCUGGUGCAGCCCAUCUCUGCCAUGCUUGCCUCCGACCCCACUAGCUGCCCGCAUUGCCAGCAUGAGACAGGCCAGCGGCCCUUGGGCCCAGGCAGCACCAAUUCCGGCGAGGAGGGCUCCGGCUCUGGCGGCUUCGGUGGUGAUGGGGCCGAGGCUGAUGGCGACGGGCCCCAGGGCAGUGAAGAUGGAGUGUCCUCAGGCCUGGGGAAGGAGGAUGAGGAGGACCAGGCAGACGGGGCUGCCCGGCUAUGUGGGGAUGUGUGGCGGGAGACACGCGCCAAGCUGCGGGGUAUUGUGGACAGCAAGUACUUCAACCGGGGCAUCAUGAUGGCUAUCCUGGUGAACACCGUCAGCAUGGGCAUCGAGCACCAUGAGCAGCCCGAGGAGCUGACCAACAUCCUGGAGAUCUGCAAUGUGGUCUUCACCAGCAUGUUUGCCCUGGAGAUGAUCCUGAAGCUGGCUGCCUUCGGGCUCUUUGAUUACCUGAGGAACCCUUACAACAUCUUUGACAGCAUCAUUGUCAUCAUCAGCAUCUGGGAGAUCGUGGGGCAGGCGGACGGCGGGCUGUCGGUGCUGCGCACCUUCCGGCUGCUGCGGGUGCUGAAGCUGGUGCGGUUCAUGCCUGCGCUGCGGCGCCAGCUGGUGGUGCUCAUGAAGACCAUGGACAACGUGGCCACCUUCUGCAUGCUGCUCAUGCUCUUCAUCUUCAUCUUCAGCAUCCUCGGGAUGCACAUCUUUGGCUGCAAGUUCAGCCUCCGCACGGACACGGGAGACACGGUCCCUGACAGAAAGAACUUCGACUCCCUCCUCUGGGCCAUCGUCACGGUGUUCCAGAUCCUCACCCAGGAGGACUGGAACGUCGUCCUCUACAAUGGCAUGGCCUCUACCUCCCCCUGGGCCUCCCUGUACUUCGUCGCCCUCAUGACCUUUGGCAACUAUGUGCUCUUCAACUUGCUGGUGGCCAUACUGGUGGAGGGCUUCCAGGCUGAGGGUGACGCCAACCGCUCCUACUCAGACGAAGACCAGAGCUCAUCCAACUUGGAAGAGCUGGACAAACUCCAAGAGGGCCUGGACAUCAGUGGAGAUCUCAAGCUCUGCCCAAUCCCCAUGACCCCCAAUGGGCACUUGGACCCCAGUCUCCCACUGGGUGGGCAUCUGGGCCCCUCUGGGGCUGCAGACCCUGCUGCCCGCCUCUCCCUGCAGCCAGACCCCAUGCUGGUGGCCCUGGAUUCCCGAAAGAGCAGUGUCAUGUCACUGGGGAGGAUGAGCUACGAUCAGCGCUCCUUGUCCAGCUCGCGGAGCUCCUACUACGGUCCAUGGGGCCGCAGUGGGGCCUGGGCCAGCCGCCGCUCCAGCUGGAACAGCCUCAAGCACAAGCCACCGUCUGCGGAGCACGAGUCCCUGCUCUCCGCGGAGCGUUGCGGUGCCCGCGCCAGUGAGGGUGCCCGGGAGGAGGGGCCGCCGCGCCCCGCGCCCCUGCAUGCUCCGCACGCUCACCACGUACACCACGGGGCCCACCUGGCGCACCGCCACCGCCGCCACCGCCGCACGCUGUCCCUCGACACCAGGGACUCGAUGGAUCUGGCCGAGCUGGUGCCCACCGUGGGCACCCACCCGCGGGCUGCCUGGAGGGCGGCGGGCCCGGGGCCCGGCCACGAAGACUGCAACGGCAGGAUGCCCAACAUCGCCAAGGAUGUCUUCACCAAGAUGGAUGACCGCCGGGACCGCGGGGAGGACGAGGAAGAGAUCGACUACACUCUGUGUUUCCGCAUCCGCAAGAUGAUCGAUGUCUACAAGCCCGACUGGUGUGAGGUCCGCGAGGACUGGUCUGUCUACCUCUUCUCUCCAGAGAACAGGUUCCGGGUCCUGUGUCAGACCAUCAUUGCCCAUAAACUGUUUGACUAUGUGGUCCUGGCCUUCAUCUUCCUGAACUGUAUCACCAUCGCCUUGGAGCGGCCCCAGAUCGAGGCUGGCAGCACCGAACGCAUCUUCCUCACUGUGUCCAACUACAUCUUCACAGCCAUCUUCGUGGGCGAGAUGACACUGAAGGUGGUGUCGCUGGGCCUGUACUUUGGUGAGCAGGCGUAUCUGCGCAGUAGCUGGAACGUGCUGGACGGCUUCCUCGUCUUCGUGUCCAUCAUUGACAUAGUGGUGUCUGUGGCCUCGGCCGGGGGAGCCAAGAUCCUGGGAGUCCUCCGGGUUCUGCGGCUUCUGCGCACGCUGCGCCCCCUGCGAGUCAUCAGCCGGGCCCCUGGCCUGAAGCUGGUGGUAGAGACACUCAUCUCGUCCCUCAAGCCCAUCGGCAACAUCGUUCUCAUCUGCUGUGCCUUCUUCAUCAUCUUUGGCAUCCUGGGGGUGCAGCUCUUCAAGGGCAAAUUCUACCACUGUCUGGGCGUGGAUACCCGCAACAUCACCAAUCGCUCCGACUGUGUGGCCGCCAACUACCGCUGGGUCCACCACAAAUACAACUUCGACAACCUGGGCCAGGCUCUGAUGUCCCUCUUUGUCCUGGCCUCCAAGGACGGCUGGGUGAACAUCAUGUACAAUGGGCUGGACGCAGUGGCUGUGGACCAGCAGCCCGUGACUAACCACAACCCCUGGAUGCUGCUGUACUUCAUCUCCUUCCUGCUCAUUGUGAGCUUCUUCGUGCUCAACAUGUUCGUGGGCGUGGUGGUGGAGAACUUCCACAAGUGCCGGCAGCACCAGGAGGCUGAGGAGGCACGGCGACGUGAGGAGAAGCGGCUGCGGCGUCUGGAGAAGAAGCGCCGCAAAGCCCAGAGGCUGCCCUACUAUGCCACCUACUGCCCCACUCGGCUACUCAUCCACUCCAUGUGCACCAGCCACUACCUGGACAUCUUCAUCACCUUCAUUAUCUGCCUCAAUGUGGUCACCAUGUCCCUGGAGCACUAUAACCAGCCCACGUCCCUGGAGACAGCCCUCAAGUACUGCAACUACAUGUUCACUACUGUCUUUGUGCUGGAGGCGGUGCUGAAGCUCGUGGCCUUUGGCCUGCGAAGGUUCUUCAAGGACCGGUGGAACCAGCUGGACUUGGCCAUUGUGCUGCUGUCUGUCAUGGGCAUCACACUGGAAGAGAUCGAGAUCAACGCGGCUCUGCCCAUCAACCCCACCAUCAUUCGCAUCAUGCGGGUCCUGCGCAUCGCCCGGGUGCUGAAGCUGUUGAAGAUGGCCACGGGGAUGCGGGCACUGCUGGACACAGUGGUGCAGGCUUUGCCUCAGGUGGGCAACCUGGGCCUCCUCUUCAUGCUGCUCUUCUUCAUCUAUGCUGCGCUGGGCGUGGAGCUCUUUGGAAAGCUGAUCUGCAAUGACGAGAACCCCUGCGAGGGCAUGAGCCGGCACGCCACCUUCGAGAACUUUGGCAUGGCCUUCCUCACACUCUUCCAGGUCUCCACAGGCGACAACUGGAAUGGGAUCAUGAAGGACACGCUGCGGGACUGCACCCAUGACGAGCGCAGCUGCCUGAGCAGCCUGCAGUUCGUGUCGCCCCUGUACUUCGUCAGCUUUGUGCUCACCGCCCAGUUCGUGCUCAUCAAUGUGGUGGUGGCCGUGCUCAUGAAGCACCUGGACGACAGCAACAAGGAGGCCCAGGAGGACGCCGAGAUGGACGCCGAGCUCGAGCUCGAGAUGGCCCACGGCCUGGGCCCCAGCCCAAGGCUGCCUGUGGCCUCUCCAGGUGUUCCUGGCCAAGGCCCAGGAGGGCCAGGCAGCGGGGGCGAUAACGAGGGCCGCAGGUGCCUGCGCUGCCACUCCCCAGCCCAGGAGACCCUGUGGCUGGACAGCGUCUCUUUAAUCAUCAAGGACUCCUUGGAGGGGGAGCUGACCAUCAUCGACAAUCUGUCGGGCUCCAUCUUCCACCACUAUGCCUCACCCUCGCCCACCGGCUGCAAGAAGUGCCACCAUGACAAGCAGGAGGUGCAGCUGGCAGAGACGGAGGCCUUCUCCCUGAACUCAGACAGGUCCUCGUCCAUCCUGCUGGGUGAUGACCUGAGUCUCGAGGAUCCCACAGCCUGCCCACCUGGCCCCAAAGACAACAAGGGGGAACCAGACCUCACCGAGCCCAUGCAGGUGGGGGACCUGGGUGAAUGCUUCUCCCCGCUGCCCAAUGCGGCCAUCUCCUCGGGAGCAGAGAGCUUCCUGUGCGAGAUGGAGGCCGUGCCCUUCAAUCCUGUGCGGUCCUGGCUGAAACACGAGAGCGGCCAAGUGCCCCCGAGCCCCUUCUCCCCAGAUGCCUCCAGCCCACUCCUGCCCAUGCCUGCCGAGUUCUUCCACCCUGCUGUGUCUGCCAGCCAGAAAGGGCAGGAGAGAGGUGCCGGUGCAGGGACCCUCCCCAAGAUUGCCCUGCAGGGAUCCUGGGCCUCCCUGCGGUCACCGAGUGUGAACUGCACCCUCCUCCGGCAGGCCACCGUGAGUGACACAUCGCUGGAUGCCAGCCCCAGCAGCUCAGCGGGCAGCCUGCAGACCACACUGGAGGACAGCUUGACCCUGAGCGACAGUCCCCGGCGUGCCUUGGGCCCACCGGCACCUGUACCAGGGCCCCGUGCAGGCUUGUCACCGGCCUCCCACCGCCGCCUCAGCCUGCGGGGCCGCGGCCUGUUCAGUCUGCGCGGGCUCCGCGCACACCAGCGCAGCCACAGCAGCGGGGGCUCCACCAGCCCGGGCUGCACCCACCACGACUCCAUGGACCCCUCGGAUGAGGAGGGCCGCGGGGGCGUGGGUUGUGGGGGCACAGGCAGCGAGCACUCUGAGACCCUCAGCAGCCUGUCGCUCACCUCCCUCUUCUGCCCACCGCCUGUGCCGCCACCACCCGGCCUCAUGCCCGCCCGGAGGUUCAGCAGCACCAGCAGUCUGGGUGCUGUCCCCGGCCGUUCCCGAGUGGCAGCUGCCGCCACCGCCCAGCCCCGUGGCCUGGUCCGGAGCCCCUCAUGGGCCACAGACCGCAGCAAGGACCCACCGGGCCAGGCCCGGUUGUCCUCGGGCUUGGGUCCCUCGGGACCAGAGCCACAGCCGCCCCCCGGGGAUCUGGAGUCAGGAGAUGCUGCAAGCAAGAGGAAGAGAUGA